AUGAGUACAAUGAUGUGGCUAGCACGAUCGUUAUUCCUCUUUUAUUUGUUACCUGCUAUUAGUGCAGUAUCAUUUACAGAAGAAGACCCGCAUUUGAAAAUCAAGUUAAUGGAUAUCAAAUUGUCUGAGUGGAAGCCUUCUUAUGCAGACCGACUCGAACAAGCGCUUGAUAGUGAAUUAGCAUAUAUCAAUGACAAAAAAGGCGUUGACUGCAAGGCAAUCGAUUUAUCAUCUAGUGAUUUUGAAGAGAAACAUGAGGCAGCCGUACAAGAUGGAAGAUUUUUAACUAUUAGCCUGCUUGGUAAAUGCACGGAACCUUCGGGAAAAGUUCAUCCAGUUGAAAAAGCGAUCAUGAUAGAAGCGAUAAUACGCCAUACAGACGCCAUCAGACAAAUUACCGGUGCAACAUUAAUUAAAAUCGACGAUAUUCAAAUUUAUAAACGAGACAGAAAUUUCCUUAAUUUAAUUAUUAUACCGAGCGCAUGUGGUUUUAUCCUUCUAUUGGGUAUACUCACAUUUGGGCUUAGGUUUAUAAGAGAAAGACAAAAACGUCGACAUAUCGUGAGUGAGUUGAAGAAACGUGGUCCUUCGAAAGCACGUGCAGCAAAUAAAAAUGAGCCGAAUUCUGAUGAAAAACAAAGUCUUCUUCCACGAGAACCCAUCGCUGGAAAAGAAAGUGAUAAAAUCGGUUCAUCCAAACAAAUCACGCAUGAAAGAGAUGAUUCUCGUGCAGGUCGAUCUUCUCGACCGGAUACGAGCGCCAAUAAUCGUCGACCCAUUCAAGAUCCUCCUCACAUAAGUAAUGUUUCUAACGAUCCUACUGCCGGUGGUAAUUAUCGUCCAGAUUUUGAUGAACGAAUGUCACGUCCAAACAGAGACGAACGAGUACCAUAUCGUGAUACAAUGGAUGGUCGUUCAUCACGACAAGAUCCACAGUUCAUAAGAUCAAGUCAAGAACGAAUACAAACUCCUUACGAUAACCGUACGCGUCGAUUUUCUCCAAAUCGUGAUGAACUACACAUGACAGAAAGAGAUCAUAUGCAUCGAUCAAUGCCUCCACCCUCCUACCUGGACGCAAAUCCUCCACGUGUUGUUGUUCGAUCUGUACCUGCUGAUGCUGACUUUGUUCCGUAUUAUCGCCAACAACAAUACCAUCAACAUCCAGAUGAAUCAAUGUUUAUACCCAUUCCGGUUCAAAUUGAGCGUGGCGGCGUUCAUGCACGUUUUCCAACAUAUGACAAUCGAAUGCAACCGUCUGGAUCUCCUCAUUACGAUCGUCAACAAACUCAACCUUACUAUAGACAUAUCAAUACUUAA